UAGUUCAAGUGCUUCGUUGGUAGCGUUAAAUCGUGGGUCGUGUCGUGGUUUCGUUUGUAAAUUGUAUAUAAAUACUAUAGAUAUAUGUAAAAUAUUAAUAAUACAUUUUGCAAGAUUUUAAAUGUUUUGAUUUUUUUUUUGUUAAUUUAUUUGUGAAAUUACGGGCUUUUUCGUUUUAAUUUAAAAAAUUCAAGUGAAUUUCUAAUAAUUUUUAAAACGCAGUUAAUACAAAAGAAAUAAUUGAUUUAAGUUUGAAACUUGUUUUUUAGGAUUUGGCCUAAAUCUUUUCUCUAUAUUUUUUUGAUCCCAAUAAAACGAGACGUACAACGAUGUCACAAUUGAUGUUCUGGAAUAAGCAAAAUAAUAAUAACAACAACAAUAACAACAAUUCAAACAAUAAAGAGGCCACAAACGAUGCAAAGAAUGCCAAAAAGAAUUGGUUACACACGCCAGACGCACUUGUCAAUGGUCAUGUUGUCUAUCUAGUCAAGUUUUUUGGAAAUCUUAUGGUUGAUCAACCUAAAGGCAUUGAGGUAGUCAAGGAUGCCAUACGUAAAUUACAAUUUGCGCAACAAAUGAAAAAAGCUGAGACAGGGACUCAGGAGAAAUUUAAGAAAGUCGAAAUAACAAUAAGUGUGGAUGGAGUGGCAGUGCAAGAACCACGUACUCAAAAGAUACUGCAUCAAUUUCCUCUACAUAAUAUAUCAUACUGUGCAGAUGAAAAAGGUGUUAAGAAGUUCUUCAGUUUUAUAGCUAAAAAUGUGAAGCCAUUAGAUGGGAACGGAAACAUGAAUGGUUUAAGUAGUAACGUCAGUUCCAACAGCAGCACUGGCGGCAGCAGCAAUACACCAGAAUCGCAUGAGUGUUUUGUGUUCAUAUCUAAUAAGUUGGCUUCAGAUAUAACAUUGACCAUUGGUCAAGCUUUUGAGUUAGCCUAUAGAAAAUACAUGAACACCACCGAAAAAACGGAAUUGGGUAAAGCACAACAACAAAUUGCUGACUUGGAAAAAACGGUUACGAUCUAUAAAAAUCGUCUGCGUGAGUUAUCAACUAAAAUUUCUAAAGCCGAUUUAGAUACAUUACUAUUUAAAAUGGGCAUUAAAGAUAUUUUAGAAGUAUCUAAUGAGAGCAGUAAUCCACUUGCAAAUGGCAAUGGCAUUAAAAUGACUAACGACGAUAAGUUAUUGAUUGAUACGAAUUCAAGUCAUUCUAAUAAAUCUUCCAAUUCGACAUCGUAUGUGCCUAUGGUGCCGCCACGUAACUCAAUACAAAGCCAAAUUUUGCAUAAAUCCAGCAGCCAAAAAAUGGAGGAACUCUUACUCAACUCUGAUUCAGAUAGUGACUUCGACCCACGUGCUGAUGAAUCGAUUGACAGCGGUAGCAGUAAAAAUGACAGCAGUGAUUUAUUUGGCUUUGAACCAGCGAAAACGUAUGGUCAGCAAUUAUUUAAUAAUAAUAGCGAAAGUAAAUUGAACAAUAAUGGCACUAUUAAUAAUAUAAAUAGUUUUACAAACGAGAUCAACAUACCGCCACCAUUACUUGCACCACCACCAAAAAUGGCUGCAUCAAGACGCAGCACUUCAACAACCAGUAACAACAACAACAAUAUCAAUACUACUAACAAUAAUAACAAUCAUAUUUUGAAUGGAAAUGCGGAUUUGUUCGGUUCAGAUCCAUUCGACGUUAAUGGACCUAGUAUUUUUACGAAUAAGCUAAGCAGCAUUUCAGUUGAUGAUUUUUCACUGGAAAGUCUCGAUCCAUUAAGGAAGUGAGCUAUGCAACAACUCUACAGCCAGCAUUCCAAACUUUACUCUAAUAAAAAUGAUAAGAACAUUCCACUUUAAGGCAAGUGAGAAAUUAAUGUACUUGCAGUUUUUGUUGAUGUCGACCUUUAAUUCCUUUCGUAUGCUGCUUCUUCAUUGUAUUAUUAUUAAAUUUAAUAUAUUAAAUCGAAUACUAUUUACCGUAAAUGAACAUAAAUGAAUAACUUAGUAAAUAUUCUAAUUAGUUUGUCUUUUGUAUAUUUAAUUAAAAACAAUCAGCAU